AUGGUGAAAUCUUCUUCACCUCCUUCGUUUCAUAAAUUCAGAAACAGCAACAAGGAUAAACAACAACGGUCUUCUGAAUAUGAUGAGAAACGACAGCAUGUCUACAAAUGUGAGUUCUGUCCCAAAGCAUUCAGCACAGGCCAAGCACUCGGCGGUCACAAGACUUGUCAUCGAUCCAACAAACAACAGAUACAUGAUGAUAAGGCUCACAAAACUAUCAAGAUCACUUUCUCUUUAUCUUGUUCUCCAAGUUAUCCUAAUAAUCACGACGCCAAACUGAAAAGACAUUCCUGGACUAGGGUUUUCAAAGGUACCGUUCAUCAUCCACCUGCUGCAUUGAAACCUCUUCAACAAGAAGAGUUACCAGCUGUUGACUUGGUAAGUUUGCUGCCACCAAGAUCGUAUAAUACCAAGAAAAGAAGCAGGAGAUAUCUUAUUCAUGAUGGAGUUUCUAAUAAUACUGCUCCAAUACCGUCGUUGGAUAUGUCUCGUGAAUCAGUUGCGAAUCUUGAUUUGAAUCGUUCUGUGUAUAAGAGGAUAAAAAUUUCAAGCAAUGGGAAUGAAACUGAGAUGAUGCAGAAACCAUUUGUACCGCUAACAAGUGAUGGUAUUGAUGAAACAGUGUGGAAGGAGGAGAAGAACCUGAGCGAAGGUGAAACAGCGGAGUCAAGAGUUGUUGGAAACUUUGAUUUGAACGAGCUCCAGACGCAUCAUGUUGAAACAGGCGUGUCAAGACUUGUUCGAGACUUUGAUUUGAACGAGCUCCCGACUAAUGAUAUUGAAAAAGAAUGA